AUACAGUGACGUGCGUGACCGUAACCAGGGAAACGGCGGCUGGUUCGGAGUUUGUGGGAAGAAAUAAAGCGAACGGAGUCGAGAUUAGGUCUGGGGGAAGCUAAUGCAGCUGAAACAUCUGAAAACCCUUCUGAAUCCUCAGGAUGGUGCUGCUAAAGUUACAUGUAUGUCGUGGGCACCCAAUAACAGCAAGUUUGCAGUCUGCACUGUGGACAGAGUUGUUCUUCUGUAUGAUGAAAAUGGAGAAAGAAGGGAUAAAUUCUCUACUAAACCUGCUGAUGCCAAGUAUGGCAAGAAAAGUUAUAUGGUCAGAGGCAUGGCAUUUUCACCAGAUUCCACCAAAAUAGCCGUUGGACAGACAGACAGUAUUAUAUAUGUUUAUAAAAUUGGAGAGGAAUGGGUUAGAGUUCGUUUAGCUAACACAAAAUCAAACAAGUCUUCAACCAUUUAUGGAACGGAUUCUUACGUAGUUUCAUUGACUUCAAAUUUAUCGGGCAAAGGAAUUCUAUCUGGACAUGCAGAUGGCACAAUUGUACGUUACUAUUUUGAUGAUGAAGGAGUGGGUGACUCACAGGGAAAACUAGCAACACACUGCUGUCCACCUUAUGCCUUAGCUUGGGCUGUAAACAGCAUUGUGGCUGCUGGAUGUGAUAAGAAAAUCAUUGCCUAUGGAAAGGAGGGCCAUAUUAUCCAGCAGUUUGAUUAUGGCCGUGAUGCUACGGAAAAGGAGUUCGCAGUAGCUGCCACUAGUCCUAGUGGACAGUCGAUAGUCAUCGGCAGUUAUGACAGGCUGAGAGUACUAAACUGGAGUCCUCGUAGAAAUGCAUGGGAUGAGUCAAGACCAAAGGAGAUCCCAAAUCUUUACACUAUUACUGCCUUAGCUUGGAAAAAAGAUGGUUCCAGACUAUGUGCGGGCACACUUUGUGGAGGUGUGGAACAAUUUGAUUGCUGUUUGCGUAGAUCUAUUUACAAGAACAAAUUUGAAAUGACAUAUGUUGGGCUCAGCCAGGUUAUAGUAAGGAACCUUUCGACUGGUACCAGAGUCGUGUUGAAGUCUCACUAUGGGUAUGAAAUUGAUGAAGUGAAGAUCAUGGGAAAAGAUCGCUACCUGGUGGCUCAUAGCACUGACACAUUACUUCUCGGAGACUUGGCAACCAACAAGCUUAGUGAGGUUGCCUGGCAGGGGUCUGGUGGAAAUGAAAAGCUUUACUUUGAUAAUGAAAAUGUGUGCAUGAUCUUCAAUGCUGGUGAAUUGACACUUGUGGAAUAUGGCAACAAUGACAUUUUGGGAUCUGUUAGAACAGAGUUCAUGAACCCUCACUUAAUCAGCGUUGAAGAAACUUUAGAAUCCGAGAUGAAUUCAGCAUUGGUACUGUUACUGCCUGAAGAAUAUGAGGAAACUCGCCCGAGAUGCUUCAGGCGCAAGAGGCGAGUUACAGUCUGGUACAUGCUGCCUGUGUCUGGGUCAGAGUCGGAGAAACUUGACCUGGGGCAAAAACUGGAUCUGUUGACUGGUUAUAACUUGGCUGCGAUAAGUCAUGACACAAAAAUUGACUGGUUAGAAUUGAAUGAAACUGGACGCAAGUUGCUUUUCAGGGACAAAAAACUUGGUCUCCAUCUGUUUGAUAUAGAAGACAACACAAAGACAACUGUCCUGAAUUACUGCACUUAUGUUCAGUGGGUACCCGGCAGUGAUGUGGCUGUGGCCCAGAACCGUGGCAAUCUCUGUGUUUGGUACAAUAUUGAUGCUCCAGAGCGAGUUACAAUGUUUCCACUUAAGGGUGAUAUUGUAGAUCUGGAACGGAGUAAUGGUAAAACAGAAGUCAUAGUUACUGAGGGAGUGAAUACUAUUUCUUAUACUCUGGAUGAAGGGCUAAUUGAAUUUGGCACAGCAAUUGAUGAUGGAGAUUAUAACAGAGCCACUGCUUUCUUGGAAACAUUGGAAAUGUCAUCUGAGACUGAAGCUAUGUGGAAAACAUUAAGCAAGCUUUCAUUAGAAGCCCAGCAGUUGCAUAUUGCAGAAAGAUGCUUUGCUGCACUUGGGGAUGUAGCGAAAGCUCAAUUUCUUUGUGAAACUAAUCGGAUUGCAGACCAAACAGCAACAGAAUAUGGAGGUGAUGGCUCAGACAAUUACCUUGUUCGCGCACGAUUGGCUAUGUUGGAGAAAAACUACAAAUUAGCAGAAAGUUACUAUCUGGAACAAAAUGCUGUUGAUAAAGCCAUGGAUAUGUAUCAGGAACUACACAUGUGGGAUGAAUGUAUAAUGGUUGCCGAAGCCAAGGGUCACCCUGAAUUGGACAAUCUUAGACGGAGUUAUUAUAAAUGGCUGAUGGAAACAAAUCAAGAUGAAAAGGCAGGCGAAGUAAAAGAGAAUGAUGGAGAUUACCCUGGUGCCAUUAAUCUCUAUUUGAAAGCUGGCCUACCUGCAAAAGCUGCUCGAUUAGUAUUGAGUCAGAAUGAACUUAUGACAAACAGUGAUAUCAUCAAUAGAAUUGCUGCAGCCCUAAUUAAGGGGGACUUUUAUGAAAGGGCUGGAGACCUUUAUGAAAACAUUGGGAAUUACCAAAGAGCACUGGAUUGCUACCGUAAGGGCAAGGCCUUUCGGAAAGCGGUGGAAUUGUCUAGAACUGUUUCUCCAGCUGAGGUUGUGAAAUUAGAGGAGGCCUGGGGAGACUAUCUGGUACAACAAAAACAGUUGGAUGCUGCAAUUAAUCAUUACAUUGAGGCCGGCUGCUCUAUAAAGGCGAUUGAUGCAAGUGUUGGAGCUCGACAGUGGAAAAAAGCAGUCCAUAUUCUUGAACUUCAAGAUGAUGCAACAUCUUACAAGUACUAUCACAAGAUAGCUCAACACUAUGCUUCAGUUCAAGAAUAUGAGACUGCUGAAAGGAUGUACAUCAAAGCCGAUCGAAUCAAGGAUGCUAUUGAUAUGUACAAGCAAGUGGGAUAUUGGGAGCAAGCCCACAAGUUGGCUAUAAAGUGCAUGAAGCAUGAAGAUGUGGCUGUUCUGUAUAUUAAUCAAGCGCAAGAACUAGAAAAGAAAGGAAAAUACAAAGAUGCUGAAAGGUUGUACAUUACAGUAGAUGAACCUGAUUUAGCAAUCACAAUGUAUAAGAAGCUUAAAAUGUAUGAUGACAUGAUUCGACUUGUAGCAAAAUAUCACAAGGACCUGCUCACGGAUACCCACCUUCAUCUUGCAAAGGAACUGGAAAGUGAAGGCCGUUUUCGAGAAGCUGAGUACCAUUAUUUGGAAGCAAAAGAAUGGAAGGCAAUAGUGAAUAUGUAUCGUGUCAAUGAUAUGUGGGAUGAAGCCUAUAGGGUUUCUAAAGCCCAUGGAGGUGCAAAUGCCCAUAAACAAGUGGCUUACUUAUGGGCAAAGAGCCUGGGAGGAGAGUCCGCAGUUAAGUUGCUAACUAAAUUUGGUCUUCUGGAAACAGCAAUUGACUAUGCAGCUGAUAACUGCUCUUUCGAUUUUGCUUUUGAACUGUCACGAUUGUCUAUGAAAAAUAAAAUCCCAGACAUACAUCUCAAACAUGCUAUGUAUCUAGAAGAUGAGGGUAAAUUUCACGAAGCAGAAAUUGAAUUCAUUAAAGCAGGAAAAUCAAAGGAGGCUGUCCUCAUGUAUGUGCAUAAUCAAGAUUGGGAUGCAGCCCAAAGGGUGGCGGAAGCUCAUGACUCUGACAGUGUGGCUGAUGUCUUGGUUGGUCAGGCACGUUUUGCCUUUGAUCAGAAAGAAUAUCAAAAGGCUGAGGCUUUCCUUCUGAGGGCUCAAAGACCAGAAUUGGCUGUGAAAUAUUACAAGGAAGUCACAAUGUGGAGUGAUGCAAUUCGAAUUUGUAAAGAAUAUAUCCCUAACAAGCUGGAACAACUUCAGGAAGAAUAUGAACAGGAAACAAUUAAGAAAGGAACAAAGGGAAUAGAAGGAAUAGUUGAACAAGCUAGAGAAUGGGAGCAAUCGGGAGAAUAUGUAAGAGCAGUGGAAUGUUACCUUAAAGUCAAAGAGACCAAUAACCUGGCUCUGAUGGAGAAGUGCUGGAUGAAGGCUGCUGAACUGUCAAUCAAAUUUUUAAAUCAAGACAAAACACUUGAAGUGAUUCAGACACUUGGUCCUCGACUGAUUGAAAUACAGAAAUACAGUGCGGCAGCUGAACUGUACCUUAAUAUGGAUCUCAUUAAAGACGCCAUUGACUGUUUCAUAGGAGGGGAAGAAUGGAACAAAGCUAAACGUGUGGCAAAGGAGCUCGAUCCCAGAUAUGAAGACUAUGUUGAUCAACGCUAUAAGGAAUAUUUGAAAAAUCAAGGCAAAGUGGAUUCACUGGUCGGAGUGGAUGUGAUAGCUGCACUUGACAUGUAUGUUGAACGAGGGCAAUGGGAAAAAUGCAUUGAAACUGCUAAUAAGCAGAAUUACAAAAUUCUCCACAAGUAUGUGGCUCUAUAUGUUACACACCUUAUCAAAGAAGGUCUUACUGAAAAGGCCUUAAAUCUGUAUGUUCAACACGGCGCUCCUGCCAAUACCCAAAAUUUUAACAUUUACAAACGGAUUUUUAUGGAUAUUAUAAACAUGCCAGAUAAAAAUACUGCAGAUGCAUAUAGGACAUGGGCUGAUCUUCGUGAUGUACUCUUCAAUCUGUGUGAAAAUCUAGUUAAAUCUUCGGAGGCCAGUUCUCCUGCUCAUGAAGAGUUUGAGCAAAUGCUGCUGAUUUCCCACUAUUAUGCUACUCGUGCAGCGUCACUGGGAGUCAACCAGCUGGACACGGUUGCAGCAAAAUUAUCCAUCUCUUUGCUGAGGCACACGGACAUCAUCCCUGCUGACAAAGCAUUUUAUGAGGCUGGCAUGGCAGCUAAGGCAAUUGGUUGGGAGAACAUGGCUUUUAUAUUCCUGAAUCGUUUCCUGGAUCUUUGCGAUGCAAUUGAGGAGGGCAAUCUUGAUGCACUUGAUCAUUCUGAUUUUCAAGAUACAGAUAUUCCAUUUGAAAUACCCGUCCCUAUAAAACAACAUAUUUUGGAUGAUAAACGUGAGGAAAUUAGGGACUGGGUUCUCACUGUGUCAAUGGACCAACGAGUUGAGCAGGUCCUACCAACAGAUGAACGAGAUACUUACGAAGCCUCUCUAUUGGCUGUAAACACUGGGAUCCACUCUCUUCCUUGUAUAAUAACAGGUUAUCCAGUACUCCGUAACAAAAUUGAAUUCAAAAGACAUGGUAAAGCAGCAAACAAAGAUGACUGGAACAAAUUUCUCAUGGCAGUAAAGACAACUCAUAGCCCAGAGUGUCAAGACGUGUUGAAGUUUGUUAGUCAAUGGUGUGGAGGUCUUCCCAGUGCCAGCUUUUCCUUCCAGUGAAAAAUGCUAAGAAUGAUCACCUAUUAUAAAAUUGUAUUCUAUUUCUACAUUAUAUUGAGCCCAUAGCUUUAAUGUGACCAAUAGAGCUGCUUUAUUUUCUUCCAUUUUGAAGACUCGUAUUUAGUUACAGAAUUGCCUUACAAAUAAAACUAUUAAAAAUAAA